UCAAUCGUGGUGGUUAGUGCCAUGCUGGCAGUGAGGUGGUUGGAGGCUAACGCGGACGCAAGAGAACUGGAGACGGCCGUGCCGACUCCUGAGCAGCUGAGCAACGUAAAGAUGAGCCGCAAAUUGGACCUUUUCAGAACCACCUGCAAGGUUCUGAGAAUACCCAAAGCCAUUGAAAGAAUAUGGUCAAGGCAAAGGUUGAUGCAUUGGUUCCGUGCAGUGAUGACGGCAUGGAUGUAUGAACGCGCGAAACGUCACAUGUCGAGGAACACGGAAGCCUAUCAAUCUUUCCAGCUAGAUAUAUGACCGGGAGCCUAUAAGAGAGCAUCACUGACGCACAGAAACGCGGUCACCAAGGCGGUGAAGCGAGUAGCUGGAGCGCCUUGUGUAACUGAAGAUGAGAAGAAAGAGGUCUUAAGAGCUGGCCUUGUCGCGAAAUCUCAACUUUUUACGUGUCGUUCAUGUUCAAAUCGAAAUUUUAAAAAUCUGCAUGUCAGGCCAAAUUAACCAUUCCUGAUUCGUUAAACGGAACAAUUAACACCGUUAGCUCGUAAAAACCAUCAAUCUUUCCAGUCAGAUGUAAGAAAAAAGUUCGAAUCCAAACUUGCAUUUUGACACAUACUGGUCGAAUGUCACACCACUGAGGGUCGGUGACAGGGUGUUUGUGCAGAAUCAAGUAGGUAGUUUUGAGAAUGCUUUACAAGUGUAAAUUCAAACAAACGUUUUGGCACAUUUUGUGCAUCUUCAGGUUUUAAAAAUUCUAAACUAUCUGUACAAAAUGAUCAAAGAUCAUAAAAAUUGUCACACACAUCAUUACUUCAAAAUUUUAAAAAUUCAACCAAUCAAAACUUUACAAAUAUCACUGAAAUUAUGUAACAACUAUUAUGUAACAUUUUAAAACAUUUUGUCACAAAUUUCUGAGAGUUUUCUUCAUUUUUAUUUUCACAUUUAUGUUUUGUGGCUAAUUUUUAUGCUACGACAAGUAGGUAAUCAUGCUAGGAAGUGGGAUCGGUCAGGUGCAGUGGUCGAGGUACGAUCCAGCGAUCAGUACGUGGUAAAAGUAGACGGGUCGUCGGUUUCUAAGGAGGUAUACAAUGCCCCAGUCCUCCCUGGUGGGGGUGCCACGAUCCUUCAGUGGUCAGUCUGAAGGCUACAGUUUACCGCAGUUGCCUGAGUUUACCCCCCACUGAUGGAACAAAUGUAGUUCAGGUACCGGAACAGUAACCAGGACAGCAAGGUGCGGAGGAGCCGAUGCCGCUUACAUAAGAUACGACGUCUGAUCAGUUACCGGUGGUGCUAUCGGAAUCGACAGUUGGGCUGGGGACACCGUGGACAAGUUGAAGCCUCAAGUGGUGGCGGAAGAUCGGCCAGUAGAGAAUGGGGAACGAAGGUCAGGGCGUGCUCGGAAGGCCAGGUUGUGUUAUCAACCAGAGUCUGGUAACUGGGUUGCUUUGUAGCUUGCGGCGAUAGAGGUAUACGCAGUCUCUGGCUCGGGGGAUGUAGAGAUACGGCCUGUGUGCCGUCGAUGAAUGGAGAGCUAGACGAAAGAAGAAGCGGGACGAACAAUGUGGUAACAUGUCUCUUAGCGAUUUUGGCGAGCAUAGUGUUGUCCAGUCAUCAAUGCCACAAAUCAAGACCUUCCAACGAAUGACAUUUUUCUACGUCUUGCCCUUCAGUGAUGUCCAACAGACGAAUAGUGCUGCUGGUUUUGACCCAAUUCGAACAAAUGAGCAUGACUGCAGCGGAAGCGGGUUGCUGAAUUUGAGCAUUGGUCAUUGUCACUCUCUCAUGGCGUCUCCUUGGAAACAGCCCGAAUCAGACAUACCUGAAGAAGGGUUUGGAUUUGGACUAGAAGGGGGAGAUGGAGAUCCGGUCAUAGUGAAAAGUGUACUGUCAGACAUUUUUCUACGUCUUGCCCUUCACUGAUGUCCAACAGACGAAUACUGCUGCUGGUUUUGACCCAAUUCGAACAAAUGAGCAUGACUGCAGCGGAAGCGGGUUGCUGAAUUUGAGCAUUGGUCAUUGUCACUCUCUCAUGGCGUCUCCUUGGAAACAGCCCGAAUCAGACAUACCUGAAGAAGGGUUUGGAUUUGGACUAGAAGGGGGAGAUGGAGAUCCGGUCAUAGUGAAAAGUGUACUGUCAGACAUUUUUCUACGUCUUGCCCUUCAGUGAUGUCCAACAGACGAAUAGUGCUGCUUUUUUUACCCAAUUAGAACAAGAGCAUGACUGCAGGGAA